CAAACAAGCUAACGCAAGCUACGGUGUGGCGUCGGGUUCGGUAAAUGUUGGCCCCGAUCAAAACGUCUGGGGUCUGUGCCGUCUGUGCCGUCAUGCCGCCACUCAUUGGCCGGGGUAUAGUCUAGGCCGACGGGAAAACUGGGGGUAUGCAUAUCAAUGAGUGGAUUUUUGUUCGGAGAGCGCCGCCCCGUAGGGGCGAGGGUGGAAAUAUUUUGUGGAUUGGAUAAGCAGAUGUUUAUAUAUGUUUAUGUGAUUGAGUCUUGCUGUUAGUUUUUGCUUGCUAUGGAUAGGAGCUUGGAUUUAUAGCGAGUGUUUUUGUUUUUGUUAGUAUGACGACUUCACCAGUCAGUAAUGGCGCCUUCAUAGCCGGCGAGGACGACAAUGGCGCCUUGGGACAUGAGUUGGAGCCGAGUACGCCCAGUGACGGCCUGGAUACCGUGACCUCCAGCUUACAUAGCAAAAGCGAGGAAGAGAAAGACUUGGAGAAUGAGUCUGAGCUCGCCCCAGAGUCACAUGGGAGACCUGUCAGCGCGGCUGGCAUGAGCCGCCCAGUGACCCGCACCAGAUCGCAGAAUGGAUAUGGCUGUGACGAUAUUGAGACAGUAGAGGUGGCAGAGGAGGAUGACCCCUUUAUCGUCGGUUGGGAUGGAGGAGAUGCGGAUCCGUUGAGCCCAAGGAGUCGGAGCAAUUUCCAAAAAUGGACGAUUGUGCUGAUUAAUUCGGUAGCAGCUGGCUCUGUAACAUGUGUUUCUUCCAUAUACACUGCCACUUAUGAGCAGAUCCUGCCGGAGUUCCACACCAGCCGGAUCGUAGCCACGGUCGGACUGUCUCUCUUCAUCUUUGGCCUUGGCUGCGGGCCUAUGCUUCUCGCGCCGCUCUCCGAGUUCUAUGGCAGGCGUCCCAUUUACCUGGUCUCUUUCGCUUUCUUCAUCAUCUGGAUCAUCCCCUCCGCCGUUGCCCAGAACAUGGCCACCAUCCUAGUCUCUCGCUUCCUCGACGGCUUCUCCGGCUCCGCCUUCCUCUCCGUGGCUGGCGGCAGCGUAUACGACCUCUAUUCGCGCGACGACAUGCAAGCGCCCAUGAUGGUCUUCACAGCCUCACCCUUCAUUGGCCCCGUUCUGGGUCCUCUCGUCGGCGGCUUCAUCAACCAGUACACGCACUGGCGGUGGACGUACUACGUGCUCCUGAUCUGGAAUUUCGCGCUGUGGCUGCUCAUCAUCCUCUUCGUGCCCGAGACGUACCACCCCGUGCUCCUGCGCAACAAGGCGCGCAAGAUUCGCGCCGAGACAGGCGAUGACCGCUAUAAGGCCCCGAUGGAGCUGAGUACCAAGACCAUCCCGCACGAGAUCCGGAUCUCGCUGUACCGGCCCUUCCAGCUGCUAGCGCUGGAAUUCAUGGUUUUGAAUCUCUGUGUCUUUUCUGGAUUCCUGCUGGGUAUCCUGUACCUCUUCUUCGGCGCGUUCCCGCUUGUAUUCCGCAAUAACCACGGCUUCACGCUCUCGCAGAUCGGGCUGACGUUCCUUGGUCUCUUGGUGGGAAUGCUGAUCGCGCUAGCGACGGAUUCGUUCUGGUAUAAGAAUUAUAGGAGGCUCGUCAAGAAUAAUGAGCAUGAUGGGGGCGCGGAGCCGGAGCACCGGCUGCCUCCUGCGAUUUUGGGUGCUGUGUUAGUUCCUGUUGGGAUUUUCAUAUUUGGCUGGACGACGUACAGCAGUGUGCACUGGAUCGUUCCGAUUAUUGGAUCUACCAUUUUUGCUAUAGGGAAUCUUCUCGUCUUCACAGGAAUAUUUACAUUUCUUGUUGACGCUUAUCCUCAAUAUGCCGCUAGUUCACUGGCAGCAAACAGUUUUGUGCGCAGCUCUUUUGCUGCUGUAUUCCCUCUCUUUGGCGUGCAAAUGUAUAAUAAGCUAGGAUAUCAGUGGGCGACCAGCGUACUCGCCUUUAUGACAGUAGCGAUGAUGCCGUUCCCAUACCUUUUCUUCAAAUACGGAAAGCGAAUCCGUGCGACGAGUCGCUUUGCUAAACCCAAAUAAAACGUUAUCAGAAAUAUACGGGGAGAGGUUUAGAUCUAUAUAUCAAGGGCCUAACGUACCAUACCCGUUGAUCAACUCGAAGAUCGAUGUGUGUGAAAUUUGGUCCUCUUGGGGGACAAGAUACCACCAAUCUGAGUUACCGUCUAGGCAUUCCCAAUUUGUACCAUCAAAUCCUUGAGCCUUUAGUGGACCUGGUAAUAUAAAAUUCGCGUCGCUCUUACACUUAGGGUUUUUAUCAAGUCGACUUAACAAGGCUGUUGGCAAUAAGACCAACCUAUCUGCAUUCUUUGCCGUUAUCUCAUCAGUGGACGGACCAUUUAGAGCUUCGAACUUUAUGCGACUCCAGCCUAUCAUCGAGCAGUACAUGGGAUUUAGCUUCUGCCGGGCAAGAUGCAAAAAUGAUUUCGCACCGCCUGGCUGCAUCCCAGAACCAAGAUUGAACCAUCGCGUGGCGACUAUCACAAUCCCUGGUCCUCCGAAAUCGAGGAAAUCGAUUCGAGAGUCCGAGAGGCAAUCCCAACACUCCCAUGACAUAUCGUAAAUGGAGGACUUGUAUUUGACGAAUCUGUUGUCCAUGGGACCGUCCAUCGGGGAGCCGUGGCAUAGUGUAAUGCCAAUUCGCCUGCAGAAACUGAGGGCAUGGACUUUAUUUGACACUGUUCGUGGUUUCGGUGGGCCGAGAAUGCAGGUCUGCGUUCGCAGCAGGAGCUUGUUAGAAGCGAUCCGCGCUUCGGUCGAUAUGAGAGUGACGGUUCCAUGAUCCUUGUUGAUUUCAACCUCAGUAUGCUCGAAGAUGUCGAGUGGAAUCCCGAGCUUGGGGCCGCGACGGUGGCACUCCAUUGCUAGCUGGACGUGGACAUACUGCAAUGCAUAAGCCGAGUUCUUGUGAAGAAGGAACCUUUUAUCGGUUCUGACGCAUGCUAGAGGUUGUUCAUUUGGCGGUGUGACUGGCUUGCGUACUGAGUUGCAGGUAUGAAGCCUAAUGCACCUGUGGCAUACGUAGUAUCCUGGGUGCUCUCUCACAAGAGCUGUAAGGAACCUAAGUCGAGCGCGUCGAAAUCGGCGAAGUAGCGGUAAAUAAUCAUAAGCAAAUAUAUCAUACAAGGAUCGAUUGCAUAAGGCGAGGCAGGCAAUAGAGCCUGUAGGAAGGUGUUUCGUUAUGCAGAAUAAUAGUUCCAGUGGUAGAUGGAGCAUGUUUCUUGGCUCGGCGUCCGUGGUGAUUUUGCUGGGCUUAGAAGCCAUAUUUACCUCUUUCUACCUACGUCCCUUGAAGGCGAAGAUUUGAGUAGGAGAAUGUAAUGUAUAUCUAUAUAUAUAUUACUUGUGCCGUCUAAAAAGUUUUCACGGAGAAAAAUAUGUCAUGAUCAAAGAAUAUUAAACAGUUGCUCCAGCCCAAACCGCCAACUAGUCGGUCAGUCAUCGAUUGUCUGGUCCAACCGCUAAUUUAAGCAGCAAUG